GAGGAGGUGGUGGUGGUGGUGGUGGAGCACCAAAACGUGGUGGAGGAGGAGGCGGAGAUGAUGAUCCCUACAGCAAAAUCACACUUGACGACGUUGGUGGACUGCAAGGUCACAAAGAUUGGCUGAAUAACAACAUCCUCAAGAAACUGAAGGACCCCACAGCCAACCAAUGGGGAAUUGCCCCACCGAAGGGAAUUUUAUUUUAUGGGCCUCCAGGAACUGGAAAGACAUUGCUUGCCCGAGCCUUUGGAAACGAGCUGUCGAAACAAGUCGGUCGUCCAGUCACUUUCUACCAUCGGAAGGGCGGCGACUUACUGAAUAUGUUUUUUGGUGAAUCGGAAAGGAAUGUUCGGGAUUUGUUCCAACAAGCCAAGGUCAACAAACCAGCCAUCAUUUUUUUGGACGAGUUGGACGGCGUUUGUCCAUCCCGAGAUGGUGCUGCUGGAUCUCCCGUGUAUGCCGCAAUCACGACGACGUUUUUGGGCGAGAUGGAUAAUCUAACGCCCGGACAAGUUUUUGUUUUUGGCGCAACAAACAGGGUGGAAGCUGUGGAUGCCGCGAUGCUACGACCUGGUAGAUUUGAUAAGCACUUGGAAUUUCUACCUCCAGAUUUGGACGCGAGGAAAGGGAUUGUAGUUCUUAAUACUAAAAAAUGGAAGAACAGCCACCCAACCGGUGACAAUCUGGAGCGUUUAGGCCAAGCCACCGCUGGAUUCACGGGAGCUGAUUUGGACAUGUUGUGUCGAAAUGUAUUCUACAUCGCAUUUAAGCGUCAUGUUCCCAAUGCAGACUUGGAAAUCGGGUUGGAUAAUCUUCAAGUCAAAUUAGAGGAUUGGAACGCUGCUUUAGCGACAACACGACCCUCCAAUUCUGCCGUUUUUGGAUCUACUCUAUAUACUCCUAAACCACCCGAAGAGAAAAUUGCCAAAUUAUCUGCCACCAGUAUCAACGCGCUCACCAACACGCUGGAGCAGUACCUCAAACAAAUUUCGGAUGGGGCCGGGAAGUGGGGAAAUAAUGAAGCAUGCAACGGAAUGAGUUUGGCAAUUCACACCUGUUUCAUAGAGGAUUUGCGAGCCGAUGAUGACGAAUCCUUGGAGAACUACGUCAUUCCUGGCGUCCUCACUCAGGCCAACGUUGGAAAAGUGCCCACCUACCGUUUAAGCCUCGAGGACAUCGAAAGCAGUUCCGAAGGGGCUGGAAAUUUCGUCCCAAGAGUCAUCCACCAAGCAUCCAACUCUGUGCAUACUUGCAUCCUCUACGUCCCACGAAUCGACCAACUUCCAGAAGACAUUAGGGAGCUCAUGGUAGAGAAUUUUAACGUACUAAGAGGAAAACCAGUCCUUCUGAUGUGCACAAGCAGCAGUCCCUUGGCCACCCUUGACGCCAAAAUUAAACGAAUCUUUCUUCCUUCACGUCGUCACACAGCGUUGAAUUCGAGCGAGGAGGAGAGGAAGGAAUUUUUUAGACCAGCAAUAUGCCUCGUGUCGGACGUGCUAGGGGGAAAUUCGACAAAUAAAGGUGUUCGGAAAAAGGGCCAAGAACAAAUCAAUACGUUGAGCCAAAGCUUGAUUUGCAGUACAGAGAACCAAUCUCUGGAUUUUAUCGUGUCGCUGCAUGAUCGACUCAUUGUUCACGCCGUCAAGUAUAAGAAUCUGGUAGGAAAGGGGGACAAAAUCUUUGACGCACUCAAACUUGUAAUUACAACGCACAAGCUCGAGUAGGAUUUUUUAAGUUGUAAUAAAUUGGUCACGCACAUGAAAUCACUUGUACAAUAACAGCAUGCAAAAGAGUAUAUGAAUUUUGAACUCAAUAAAAUAUAAGUCGUAUCUCGUAUAUUGUAACAAUUAUUUUUUCUUGCAGACCGCAUAAUCGCCAUUUAUUAUUGCAUGCUAAUUUUCUGUUUACGGGUCAUGUCAUAAUAAUACUGUUAAAGACUACGAUAUGUAUGAAUAAGCACCAAAAUUAAAGUUGACCCUGUGUAUUCUUCUAAACCAGACAACCCGCAGAAUAUCCCAAUUCAUCCAAACACUUUCGUUUCUCAACAGAUUCUGUAAUCCAACGUGGUUUGAUUAA